AUGGCAGAUGUUAGGAGUCUAUUUGACAAUUUGGAACUACGUGUCUUCAUCAUAAUAAGCACUCUCCUACAGAUAUGUCUCAUUGUCUGGACUUACCAACGAAAACAAAGUUCCUCUCAGCCUGUGAGAAGAAUAAUGUGGCUUGCUGCUUAUAUGGCUGCAGAUUUUGCAGCUACUCUUUCUCUGGGGGCCAUUUUUCAUGCGAACAUUAAUCCAAACACAAGCCAAGACAGUGCUAAACAGAAGUAUCUGUUGGCCUUAUGGUCCCCUUUCAUUCUUUUGCACCUCGGGAGUCACAGUAAAAUGACGGCAUUCUCUUUGGCGGACAACGAGUUUUGGCUUAGUCAUAUACUCAGAUUUAUUUAUCAUGAAGUGACAGCUCUAGUUAUAUGCAUCCUAGCAUCCACAGAGAGACCAUUUGGUUUUCUGUCCACCAUUUUGUUCAUCAUUGGUACACUGAAAUUUGGUGAACGAAUUUUGGCACUUAAACGGGGGAGCAUGAAAGACCUGAGAAGCUCCACGUUCAAGGAAGUGGACCCCGGCCUAAAAGUCCAAGACAUGGUUCGUAUUUCGAGCAAGCAACUCCGGGCAAACAGACAAGGUCUGGUAGAACUUCGACUUGAUCCCCAUAAUUCUAUUGACAUUGGCAAAGACAGUGCCUCUCAGCUAGUAGCAUGUUCCACAAAGAAGGAUGUGAAAACAUUGUGUGCGGCUUAUCAAUCUUUCAACAAAUACAAAGGCCUUUACGUUGAUGCUAUUUUCAUGUAUAGAGGUAGAGACGAUAAGGGAAAGCCUUUUGCAGAUAUGAAUGCUGACGAUGCCUUCAAAAUUAUGGAAAUGGAGCUCAGUUUUGCACACGACCUCUUUUACACCAAAACUGCCUUGACGCACACCAUAUGGGGUUGGUUUGUUCGAAUGCUAAGCCUGACUUCAAUCAGUUUCGCCACUGGCUUAUUUGUUCACAUCAAUAAGCAUGGAUUUCAGCAGCCGGAUGUGUGGAUCACCUAUGGUUUACUCAUUGCAGCACUUAUCUUCGAGGUGUUGAGCCUUUUGGAAUCACUUACAUCAAAUCAAACCAUUGUUCAAGUGGGUUUUCUGGAAGGAUAUAAUUGGAGGCUUGUAGAGGCCAUCAUUCGUGGGCUUCGCAGUUUUGUAAAAAUAAUAAAAGGAAUUAUGCGUCCAAAGCCCAAUUCCAUUGGUCAGUUCAGUGUGUUGAGAUACUGUUAUUCUGAUUCAAAAUCAAGCAUCUGGUUUAAGCGGCUGCUCGACUUUUUGGAACUAAAGGAACUUUGGGACGAGUACCACUAUACUACCUAUGUUUCAUCUGAUGACGAUUCUCAUCACCAGUGCAAGGGUCGUAUUUUUCAGGAAGUGAGAAGAAGAUUAGCAGAAGAACGAUCCCAUGGCGACUACAAUAUUUUCCACACUCUCAUAAGUGACAGUGUGAAAUUAAAAUUAUCGGACGGGGCUGAACUCCAGGCAAAUAUCCACAAACAAGUCGAGGAGUGCAUUCUCAUUUGGCAUUUCGCCACACAUCUCUGCUUUGAAACUGUAGCUGAACCUCGGCCAGUCCCACUUCAAGAUGCCAAGUUCAUCUCAGACUACAUGCUAUACUUGCUGACAGUGGAUCCUUCCACUGUCUCAUCAGUAGCAACAACCGAACUCACUAGCUACCGAAAAGCAUGUGCGGCUUCUCUCCAACUGUAUAUGGAUUACAAAGAGGAAUUACAGAACGGUACUGGAGCAGAAGUUUACGGGCAGCUAGGAAAAAUAGACGACAUAACUCAGCAGGAACCAAGAGAGGGGCCAAUUUUCUUGUUGCUAGACGGGUAUCAAGUUGCACAUAAGCUCAUGUAUUUGGACAGACAACAAUCAGAAAAUAGCGAUAAUAAUAGAUGGGAGCUGUUGUUUCAAGUAUGGGUUGAUGUGCUCUCCUACGCGGCAAACCAUAGCAAGGGAAAGUGUCAUGCAGAACAGCUGGGCACCGGAGGGCAGUUUCUAACCUAUGUUUGGCUUUUUAUGGUCCAUUUGAUUCUAGAUUCACGUUACCAAAUUGAAGGUGAUCAAAAUAGAGACGGCCAGUAGUCUCUAACAAAAUCUGAG